CUUUCUCUCUUCCUUAAGUACAACCAGCAACCAACAUUAUGACUAUCGAAAAUAAACAUGCAGAAGCCGCUUAUGCUGCUUUAACUCGUUUGAAAGAACUUGCUUGCACUUUAGAUGAUUGGGAAUUCAGUCAAGAGAAGAAUGGCGUUAGGCUAUACAGCAAGGCUGAUGAGUCCAGUCCUAUACCUAUCGUUCGAGGUGAUGUUGUACUUCAAGGGCAUGAGUUUACUGCUCAACAAGUUGCUGCUGUUGCAACCUUACCAGGUUGUAGAAGAGUCUGGGAUGAAAAAUAUGAUGGUUCUGAAGUCAAGGAAAUUUACAAAGCACGAGAUGGCAUUCUGGAGGCUUUAUUCUGGUCCAAAAUCAAAACACCUUGGCCAAUCAGCCCUCGCGAUAUCUCAGCUACCUCACUACGAGACACCAGUAAUGAAAACGAGUGCUAUGUCGUGAUGACAUCUGUAGAAGACGAACAAAUACCUCCUGUUUCUGGUUCUGUGAGAGCUAAUUUGAUGAUUUCUGGUUGGAAGAUAAUCAAAACAGAGACAGGUAUUGCGAUCAGUUAUAUUACUCAGGUGGACUUGGCUGGCUCUAUUCCCACAACAUUUUUAAAAGGUGUUCAGCAGCAAGUGCCACUCUGUGCUGGCGCUGUGGUAAACUAUAUCCAAGAAAAUGGCUUUCCACCUAUUACAUCUGGCUGUACGGGUAUUUUCAAAUCGGAAAAUUUCAAUCACGAGGAAAGGAAACAGAUUGUCAACCUCGACGGCACAGGCGAAUGUAAAUGGUUAAUUUCCAACAAAAUGUAUCCUAAUGGGGUUAAAAUAUCUGUUGUUGGCAGCGGAGGUAAUGCUAUAGAAAGCAUUGUGGACGGUGAGAAUGGCAAUAAGAUAGCUAUUGUAUCUGGCAUUAACGGUCCUACAACUAUUACUAUUGAUCAAGCCUAAAAAUCAUGAUUUAGAAAUGUAAAAUCACCAUACUGAAUAAUCGUGUACAAAAUGCAACUAUAUUACACGUUGAUUGUUUAUUGUUUUAAUAAUUCCUGUUUUCUGUGAAUUAACUUCAAUAAAAUUUCUGCUUCGAACAUUGUUAGCAACAGCUUAAAAUAUUCAAUGGUAAUGGACGGGUACUGUACUGUCUAUAGACUAGCAGCGAGUUUUUUUGUUUUGUUUUUUUU